AUGACUAAUUCCAAAAGAUUCUCAUCACUGAUCGAUCCAAGAAAUGGUUUCUGCAAUGCAGACUCAACAUUUUACAGUAAACGCAAACCAUUGGCACUUCCUUCAAACGACUCUCUCAAUGUCACAACAUUCAUCUCAUCCCAAACGCACCAUGGCACAACCGCCUUCAUAGACGCCUCCACGGACCAUUGCAUUAGCUUCUCCGAUUUAUGGAGAGCCGUGGAUCGUGUCGCGGACUCUCUCCAACAUGACGUGGGAAUACGUAAAGGCGACGUUGUCCUUGUCCUGUCUCCCAACUCCAUUACCAUCCCCAUCGUAUGUCUAUCAGUCAUGUCUCUAGGUGCUGUCGUCACAACCGCGAACCCUCUCAAUACUUCUGGUGAGAUCUCUAGACAGAUCGCGGAUAGUAAUCCAAAACUCGCCUUCACUACCCCCGAACUGGCUCCUAAACUCGCCAGUUCGGGUAUAUCCAUCAUCCUGGAGUGCGUAGAAUAUUCCCUACGCGCUCCAGGAGGUCUCAGAGUGGUUGGAAUAUUAAAUGAGAUGAUCAAGAAAGAGCCAAGAGGACAACGAGUGAGAAACCAAGUUAACAAAGACGAUACGGCCAUGUUGCUUUACUCCUCAGGGACGACAGGACUAAGCAAAGGUGUGAUUUCGUCUCACGGAAACUUAAUAGCACAUGUGGCGAGAUACAUCGCGGAGCCAUUUGAACAGCCACAACAGACGUUCCUUUGCACCGUUCCAUUGUUCCACACCUUUGGCUUACUCAACUUCGUUAUGGCAACUUUAACGUUAGGUACGACAGUCAUCAUCCUACCUCGGUUCGAGCUAGGCCAAAUGAUGGCGGCAGUUGAGAAAUACAGAGCCAAGACUCUGAUUCUCGUGCCGCCAGUUUUGGUUGCAAUGAUAAACAAAGCGGAUCAAAUAAAAGCUAAGUACGACGUAAGCUUCUUGAGAACGGUACGGUGCGGUGGAGCACCGUUGAGUAAGGAGGUUACUAAAGUGUUUAUGGAGAAAUAUCCAACGGUUGAUGUUUAUCAAGGAUACGCAUUGACGGAAUCUAACGGUGUAGGAGCUUCUAUAGAUUCGGUGGAGGAGAGUAAGAGAUAUGGUGCGGUAGGGUUGUUGUCGUGUGGUGCAGAAGCAAGGAUCGUGGAACCAAAGACAGGUCAGUUCAAGGGUGUGAACCAAACAGGAGAGCUUUGGCUUAAAGGGCCGUCUAUUGCCAAAGGUUAUUUUAGAAAUGAAGAAGAACUUAUUACUUCAGAAGGAUGGCUUAAAACAGGAGAUCUUUGCUAUAUAGAUGAUGAUGGAUAUAUUUUUAUCGUUGAUCGAUUGAAAGAGCUAAUCAAAUACAAGGGUUACCAGGUAGCUCCAGCUGAACUAGAAGCUCUCUUACUGAAUCACCCAGAUAUUCUUGAUGCAGCUGUUAUCCCGUUUCCGGAUAAAGAAGCAGGACAAUAUCCGAUGGCUUACAUUGCGCGAAGACCUGAGAGCAAUCUCUGUGAGAGAAGAGUCAUUGAAUAUAUUUCUAAACAGGUCGCACCAUAUAAGAAGAUAAGAAAGGUCGCAUUUAUAAACUCAAUACCAAAGACUCCAUCGGGCAAAACUCUUCGCAAGGAUCUAAUUAAAUAUGCAGUUUCUAGACUAUAA